AUGGAUACUUCAUUAGCAAUAGAAGAGAUGAGAGAAGUUAUACCAGAAGGUGAAGGAGAGGAUAGUAUAUUAUAUAAUAGUGCAGAGGAAGAGGAAGAAGAAGAAAAUACGAAUGUUGAACAUAAACCUCCCUAUAAAGAUAUACAAGAAGUAAAAGAUGUAUUAGAUACAUGGUGGCCAUCAUCAGCUAUAUAUGACUUUGAUAAAUCCUUAGAGGCAGCAAAAAAGAAAGCAAAGAAACCUUUAGGUCUAUGGGGUAUAGAGACAAUAGAUCGUAAAGAAUUAGUACGUCUUCUUAAUCUAGAUAUGGAGAGAUAUAUUGCUAAGGAUGCAUGCGAAUGGGUACCUAUUAAUAGUAAGACAUUUAUUAAGGAUUUAUUAAUUAAGGAUCUUCUUCCUACUUGUACAGCUGCAGAUGCACCUGAAGAUCUUGAUGAACUCUAUUAA